CACACAAACCAAGCCACAAACUCCACUAUCUUUCUCUUCUUUGCUUUCACUCCCGACUCCUAAGCCAUUCAUAGUCAUGGUCAUAGAAUAGAGUAACAGCAAUUUUUUCUUCUUCUUUUUUUGCUUUGGUUUAAGAAGAAAAAUGUCAAUCCUUCAAAUCCAAACACUCUCAAAUUCUUUGACAGGUCCAACUCCAACCAAGUUGUUCCUCCACCCAAAACCCCAUAACUCUUCACUCUACUCCCAACCCAUCACACCCAAAACGACCAUUAUUCGUAUGGGAGGGGGUCCCAGAACCUACCCAGGUGGCGUAUCAAAGUGGCAAUGGAAGCGAAUGCAGGCAAAGAAAGCCAGCCAGCUCCUCAAGGCUCGCCUCGCUCGCGAGCGCAAUAUUUACGAGAUGCGAAAGCGAGCAGAGCUCAAGGCUGCUGUGUCAGAGCUCGAGAGGCCUUGGGAGGUUGUCGAGAGAGCCCCUAACUUGCUCUCCGUUGGCGCUGACGAACAAGUGAAAGUCUUGGCUGAUAGGUUCCAAAGGCCUGGUGGGUUCGAUUUGUGGACUCAGAGAGAUGGGCCUCAGUUGUUUCAGACUGUGGAUGAGUUACCCUCAGCUAGAUUUUUCCCUAAAGGGGUUGUUCAUAGUAUCAAACCCUAUCAAAGAAAUGGUGGGUUGGAUGAAUUAAAGGAGGAGAAGGGUCAGAAUUUAUUGGACUCGGAGAGUUCGUAUCGGAAAGAUAGUUUGGAAUUAUCGGGUGUGAAUAGGCAAAAUGGGAAGAGAAGUAAUGGGAAAUUGAGGAAGAAUGUGAAUAGGAAUAGGUUUCAGGAUGUGGGUUCGAAUGGUUCCAGUGGAUUGGAGUCAAGGGAAGCUGGUUUUGAUAGAGAACAGAGAGGAAAGGGCCCCAUUGGUUCCGGUGGGUUGGAGUCAGGGAAAGCUGGUUUUGAUAGAAAACAGAGAGGAAAGGGCCCCAUUAGACGGAAUGUUCGGGGUAAUGGCUCGUUAGGGUUGAGAGAUUCACAGUCUGAUGAUGUUUAUGAUAUUGGUUUUGAUAGAAAACAUAGAGAAAAGGGCCCCAUUAGACGGAAUGUUAAGGGUAAUGGUUUGUUAGGGUUGAGAGAUUCACAGUCUGAUGAUGUUUAUGACAUGAAUUUGCAAGAAGAUGGAAGUUACGAAUUCUAAAUCAAGAAUGGUCGGAAUGACUUGAAUUGUAGCUGCUUUCGUUCCUCUGAUGUAUAUGUGCAUAUGCACAUAUUAUUCCUUGUUCAAAAUUGGAAUGCUGAUGUUUUACUCACUGACACCA